GAUAUACCAAAAAGACAUUACAAUUUAAAUUACUUCAUAUUUUCAAGAUUAUUAGUCAUAUAAUAUAAAAAUAAACACGUAAAAUAAAAACUUAAGUGAUGUCUUAUAACGUUUUAGAUGCACUGUCCCGUAACUUAUUCUUUGACUCUUUCUCUUUGUUUAAAUACUUGACAUUGACAUUAUCAUUCAAAAUUUGAAUUUGAGAUGGUGUUUGAUACAAAUAAAUGCUAGCUAAAAAAGUACAUAGAGUUACAAAUAGGAGUGAAAAAAGUAAAGCAUCUAGCUUUUACGGAAUCUGAGUAAAUUUGAAAUGAAAUGGAUAUCUUACAGAGCUUUCUUCCUCUUAGAAUGAUCGAAAAAAUUGAAAAGGCGGGAAUAGGUACACCUCUUAAGUUACUGACGCUUUCAGUUUUAGAUUUAAAGAAACUCACAAACUUAACAGCAGAUGAUAUUGCCUAUUUAAAAGACGCCAUAUCUAAUUACUGUAAACCACCUUGUAUUACAUGUGAUAAGUUAAUGAAACUCCCAAAAUUUAAUAAGAUACCAACUGGUUGUAAAAAUAUUGAUAGUUUAUUACACGGUGGUUUUGCUGCUGGUACUAUAACAGAACUGUAUGGUGAAAGUGGAUCAGGUAAAACUCAAAUAGGAAUAACAACAGCAUUAAACAGUUGGCCUAAUAAAAGUGUAUACAUUUGCACUGAAGAUAUAUUUCCUGUUAAGAGAUUGAAACAAAUGGCAGAUUCUCUUUCUGCUGUUAAUGACCAUUGUAAACAUAUAUUUGUAGAGCAUCUUACUGAGCCACAUGAAUUGUGUUCCUGUAUUAAAGUCAGAUUGCCUAGACUUUUAGAACAAAAUGAAGUGUCUACACUUAUAAUUGACUCUAUUGCUGCACCUUUUAGAUGUGAGAGUACAAAUUAUAUGAAGAGAGCGGAAGAUUUGAGAGAAAUAGCUAUUAUGUUACUAACUAUGGCUCAAAAAUAUAACUUUGCUAUUAUUUGCAUUAACCAAGUGACUGCAUCAUUUGAAGGAGCUUUGAAUGUUUUACCAUCUCUUGGAUUGGCUUGGUCUAACUUGGUAACAUACAGAUUGUGGUUGCAAAAACAAUCAGAUACAAGCAAUAGUACUUUAUUUCAAAAAGGUGUACAGAGUAAUAACACUGUCAGAGAACUCAGUGUAGUCUUUGCACCAGAUUUACCAAACUCAUCUACACAUUUUAUAAUAACUUCAGAAGGAUUGAAAAGUAUAUAAUGUAGGAAUGCUUUAAAAAUAAUGUUAUUUAAGAUCCAAUAUUUUUAGGUAGAUAGGAAAAUUAAAAAUUUUAUGUAAAAAUUAAAAUUAUAAAUAGACCUGAUAUUGACUAUUAUUUGCUUUUACUAGAUUUUAAAGAAAAUGUUUUGUAAUACUAUAUAAUGAAAUACCCUAGUACCCAUUGAAUGUUGAAUGAAAUUACUUCAGAAUGACAUAAAUGUCACUAUGUAAUCUAUUAUAUAGUUGUGACAACCAUUUCAGUUAAUUUUCUUAAAGUGGCUAUGCUACCCUUCCACGUCUGUAGUAAAAUAUCUUUACGAAAUACAA